UUGUAUCUAAGUAACAUGGCCCUAGCCGACUUGUGCGUGAGUCUCAUUUGUGUGCCGAUGGCCGUAGGACAAGCCCUCUACCGGGUUUGGAUAUACGGGGAGUUCAUGUGUAAAGUCACAGUCUAUUUACAAGGUGUGACAGUAGCCGCCAGUAUCUACACCAUAGCUGUUCUCAGCGUGGAUCGUUUCCUUGCCAUCAGACAUCCGAUGAUUUUCCGACGGGUCAGCAACACGAGGUCUGCAGUUAAACUUAUAACUGCUAUCUGGGUGUUGUCAGUAGCCAUCAUGUGUCCCCUAUUAUUCAUGAGGAGGGUGGACGUGGUAUCAGUCAUCCCUGGCGAGCCUUUGUAUCUGUGUAAUGAAGUGUGGCCAGAUCUUGCACAUCGCCAAGUAUAUGACCUUCUCCUGUUCGCCAUUUUGUAUGCGGUACCCGGUGUUAUUAUUGGCAGCUCAUAUGGUCUCAUAGGAAAGGAACUAUGGACAGAGGACAAGAAUUUACAACGAACUGAGUCAGAAACUAGUCGGGGUCUUGGUAAACACGUCAUGAACGGCAGGAAGAGGGUGGCGAAGAUGCUGAUAGCGCUGGCCAUCCUUUUUGCCGUGUGCUGGUUACCGUAUCAUAUUGUAAGUCUAUACUUAGACUUUCAUAGACGUCACGUGCAGCCCUUUCUCACAGUACUUCCGUUUACAAUUCUUGUAGGACAUGCUAACAGUGCUCUUAAUCCAGUUUUAUAUUUUUAUUCAAGCAAAAGUUUUCGUAAAUAUCUAUUUAGAUUUUUAAAAUGUAAGAAAAGAAGUGCAAAAAGAAAUUUUGCAGUCCGGUAUACGCCUCCUAAUGGUGCUUUUGAAAUGCGUGCUACUAAUCGGCCGCGCAUGCGUGUGAUAUCGUCAAGUACAUUCACGAGAACGAGGUCUACAGACAGUUUCCGGUUUUCACGAUCGUCAAACGCAAGUUUAAAAUCCACAAAUACAGUGACACGGUCGCGAGAUAGUUCCUCGAGAGACAGAUGUAUAUCGCGAGAAAAGUGUUAUUUCAGAAUGGACACAAAAGCCUUUAACCUCACUGUGCCGGGACAGGGAAAAAAGUACGAAACUAUCAAGGCACUCGUUUAUGCUCACAAAAGGGAGAUUCUCGAUAGAUCUCUCAGUAUCCCUACGACAAUCAACGAGGAGAGCAGCAGAAAGGAGUCGUUAACGCCAGCUCGCCCUCAGGCUAACCAAGCGCUUAUUCCACAAAUUCCGGAAUUGGAAGAAAUUGAGCUUUGUACAUGA